AUGUCCUCCUCUCAGCUCGGCCUCAGCGCCGCAUCGGACGAUCGAAAAGCUCGACUCGCGAAGCUCAAGAACCUCAAGCGGAAGCAACCCACCGACGAAAUCGUCGCGCCCGAGUCAGAGCGGUCCGCAUCGCCUCCCGCAGAACCCGACGUCUCCCGAUUACACGUGUCCGGCCGCAACUACGACCACGAGACGCGAGGGCCGAAGCUCGGUUUCGAGGCCCCGCCGACCCUCGGCCUCGAGAAGCAGACACUGGAGGAGCAGGCCGCGGCGCUCGAGGCAGAAGUCAAGCAGAAAGCUGUCGAGGAGGCACAAGACGACAAGGGAAUCGACUUGUUCAAACUGCAGCCGAAGAAGCCGAAUUGGGACCUGAAACGAGAACUGGACAAGAAAAUGGAGGUUUUGAACGUCCGAACCGACAAUGCGAUUGCGCGGUUGGUUCGAGAUCGCAUCACUGGCGCGCAAAAGGCCGCUGAGAAGUCCAAGACCGCCGGGAGUGGGCAAGGCGACGGAGAGGCCACGGGCAUGGAUGGUGUGGCUUUGGUGGAGGGACUCAGGGUCAGGGAGAGGGAGGAGGAGGAGGAAGAGCGACGAGAACGGGAAGAGGAUGUUGCCCUCGAUGUUUGA